AUGCGUUCUGGCCAAGGUGCCGCGGUUAAUAUGGCAGCCAAGAGUGUUGCUUCCCGCCUCCGAAGCUCCCGGCGUUUUCUGAGUGGCUUUGUGGCCGGGGCUGUCGUGGGAGCCGCAGGAGCUGGGCUCACUGCACUGCAGCUUUUCCGGAGUCAGAGUGCUGAGGCAGUGCUAGCAGUGAACGAACCGGACGGAUAUGCAGAAAACGCUCUCUUAGGACAAUUUGGAUUCCCUUUAACUGGAACAGAGACAAAGUGUUACACUAACCAUGCCUUGUCCUAUGAUCAGACAAAGCGGGUGCCUAGAUGGGUUCUUGAACAUAUUUCUAAAAGCAAGAUAAUGGGUGAUGCAGACAGAAAACAUUGUAAAUUCAAGCCUGAUCCUAACAUCCCUCCAAUCUUCAGUGCUGUCAAUGAGGACUAUUUUGGAAGCGGGUGGUCACGAGGACACAUGGCUCCAGCAGGAAAUAAUAAAUUUUCAAGUAAAGCCAUGGCUGAAACCUUUUACCUUUCUAAUGUUGUGCCUCAGAAUUUUGAUAAUAAUUCUGGAUAUUGGAACAGAAUAGAAAUGUACUGUCGAGAACUGACAGAGAGGUUUGAAGAUGUUUGGGUGGUAUCUGGACCUUUGACCUUACCUCAGACUAGAAGUGAUGGAAAGAAAACUGUUACUUACCAGGUGAUUGGUGAAGACAAUGUGGCAGUCCCCUCGCAUCUCUAUAAAGUGAUCCUGGCCCGCAGAAGCCCAGUAUCUACUGAACCUCUGGCACUAGGGGCCUUUGUGGUACCCAAUGAACCUAUUGGCUUCCAACCCCAGUUAACUGAAUUCCAAGUGAGCCUCCAGGACCUGGAGAAGUUGUCAGGACUGGUGUUUUUUCCUCAUUUGGAUAGAACUAGUGGUAUCAGGAAUAUCUGCUCUGUGGACACCUGUAAGCUCCUGGAUUUCCAGGAGUUCACUCUAUACCUGAGCACAAGAAAGAUUGAGGGAGCCCGAUCAGUGCUCAGACUAGAAAAGAUCAUGGAAAAUUUGAAGAAUGCAGGAGUUGAACCAGAUGAUUACUUCAUGAGUCGCUAUGAGAAGAAACUAGAAGAACUCAAAGCUAAGGAACAGUUAGGAGCCCAGACAAAAAAGCUAUCUUAGAAGAUGUGUGCCCUUAUCUAUGAUGAAGCAAGUGUGCCCUCUCUUCAAGCUGAUAUAUUUUAGUGGCUUUGCUUAAAAGUAAUAAUGGAAUCCUAAGUUUACUAUUAAAAAUUCCCCUAAAAGAUGAAGGUCUAGAACUUUUUGGUCAGUAUUGUAUUUAACUUGGAAACACAUUAUUAAGAAAGUUGUUAUACCUAUAAAUCGAGGUCUAAUCUGUGUGAAGUUAACUGGAGAACUAUGUCCAUAGAUGGAACUGCAUUUGUGUCUCUCUGGAUAUAUAGUAGUAUGUGAAGGGACUGUUUAGUCCCAUGCCUUCAAAUCAUGCAUUGUCUUAAGUGUACCUGCUCAGCCUUUUGGGAACACAACAUUGCACUUCUUUUUUCUCCUGUGACCUGAGUUGGUCUUGGAGAUAGCUUUUAGAAAUCCUCUAUGUGUUAAUCUUUCCACUUGUACUGAUCUUUGUUUCUUGUUUCUCCUCUCAUGAACCUACUAUUUCUCUACUUCUGUCUAUAUAGAAGCACUCAGCAACUAUAGUUUCAGUUUACUUAGUGCGUUCUGUCUGUGUGGCUCAGUGUAUUUUCUCACAAUGGCCCUCUGAGAUAAAUAAUGUCACUAUCCCCAUUUUUCCUCGGAGAAAAUUGAGGCUUAGAGAGCUUAGUAUCUUGCCCAAAGUUCACCUUCCUAAAGAAGUCUGAGAUACACAGGUCUGGAGUAUACAGGGUUAAGAAAAAAACUAAGAUAGAUUGAAAUCUUCCCUGACAUGAAUUUUUCUCUCAGAAGUAUAUACCUAUUUCCACUGGUGCCUGUGCCUUAGGAUUACUUGGUAAGAAGUGUCUGGUAUCUUGUCUCCUUUGCAAGCCAAAGGGACUUAAUGUCCUUUGACUUGAGUUUACCUCAGCUCCUCAGAAAGAGAUAGAGCAGCUACUUAGGAGUUAGGACAAAGCUUUGUAGGGUUUAUCAGAACCCUUGCUUGCCUCCAGGGGUGCAGUUCUUCUAGAGCCAACUAGAAGAUGGUGCCAACUCGGUGUGUUCUUUGUUUUCCAGAUGAAUUUUUGUUAAAAUUAACCUAAGAAGGGACUAUGCGCACAGGGUCACCAGGUUAUGAUUUGCUUGCCUCUGUCUCUGUGUGUCUACCUGGGUAGUGUGGGGCAGGGGGUACUUUGGACCAAAGGUCCAAGGCAGUUAUUUCUGGGGGAAAUGGUGGUGGUUUUUCUGAGCCAGAUCUCUAGUUUGAGUCCUUUUAUAGACUCUUAUAAGUAUAGGCAGUAAAAUGUUUAGAGGGCAUAAGAACUUGUCUAAACCUGUCAUAUUACUGCUAUCUUUCCAAGUGGUAUUACAAGAACAAUUUUUGUGGUGUUUUUGUGUUUUUCUCUAACAAAUGCCAAGGCUUUAAGAUAAAGAUAAGAUUAUAAUGAUUGACCUUGUUCUGCUCCUUCAUUUGGGUAAAAAAGAAAAGUUGAGGGGUCAGAACACAGUAGCCUGAUUAAUACCGUUCUGUUUUAUCACACUGUUCCCCAUUAACUUGUGCCAAGUCCUCCUCUUUUCAGGCAUAUAGAGCCAAAAUGUCACUGUGACCAAACAGUCUGUUAUUUUCUGUCCUCAUUGGAGAGGUGAUGGUGGGACCUGGGUGUUUCUUCUGGAGCUUGAGGGGGUAGCUCUGUGGAAUAAGUCCUAGGUACUUACUGCCUAUCUCCAGAGGCAGGCUUCCUACUCCCUUCCCCUGUCACCAUGCUCUGCUCUGUUCUGCUGACCUGAAUUGCCAGCAGCCUUGGAGUUAUUUUUUUUGCCCCUUUCAUUCCUGCCUCUCCACUUAGAUGGUAGAGAAUCUUGAUUUUUAGAUCAAUAAGUGUCUUAGGUUUUUAUUUCCUAUGAAAGAUGCUACCUGGUCAUUGUGAAAGAUGGAGAUAAGAGUUUGUAAGACAAAAUUGUGGUCUGCCUCUCCUCAUUUUGAUAUGUAAAAAUUUUGUUGGAUAUAGCA